AUGGAUACUCUCUUGGUCUUCAGUCUAAUCAUUGCAUCCUAUGAUGCCAACAAGAAAGAAUCGAGAGACACCAGCUGCCAAGUGGACCUGCUGCCUAGGCUGUUCCCAAAGGAGAUGAGAAACAUCAGGGAUAUGCUAACACAAGAAGUGAAGGCAGAAGCCCAAAGAACCACAUUUGUCCAAAAUUGGACUCUGGCUACCCUGCAGUGCUCUGAAAGCAAAGUGAAAGUCAAUCUCAUGUAUUCAAAGAAAAAGCCAAAGGUCAAGUAUGCUCUGAAGAACCUGAGAGUCAUUGCUGCUCCCAGGAGAAACGGCUCUGCCUCGCCAAGCUGUCACCUAAUCCCUACAUCCAAAUUUCAGACUGGAUCCCUUCUGACAGGAAAAGCUUUUUUACCAGGAAUCUCCCAAUGUAAGGUCCUCCCAGUGAUGGUGGGUUCGUCAGAGAUUUUCUUUACCACCACCAUUUCCACAAUGCUUGGGAGUAAAGGAGAGAGGACUACAAGUACUGAGGAAUUUUCUAGGCCUUGGGAACAAGAAACAGAUGAAAGCCUAGAAAUGAGGAAGAAAUGGAGCAUUGUGGUCAAAUUUUUUAUCGCUUUCACCCUGUUGCUCAGCGGAAUCGCCAUUAUAGUGUUUUCCAUUUUUGAAGUCCCAUGCCCUAGUCAAUGCCUAGCAGUCAGAGAGUUGUGCCAACACCAGUGGUUGUGGAGCAGGCAAAAUAAGGGAGCCAGCAUGGAAGACCAACAACCAGGGGAACCCAAAGCACAGCCUGACUCUCAGCCUGAGAAGGAUGUCAACUUUUGUGGAAUUAGAAUAUUAAGAAUGGCCAUCUCUGUGGAGUUUUACUCUGCACUCACGGGGCUGCCCUGCGUCAGAACUGACUCUAUGGCAACUAGCAACAAGGCAACUGUGCAGCAGGAAUGUUGCAGUGCUUGA